CUCUCCACCGGUCUUCCUGGCAGCGCCAAAAAACGUCUCGUGGCUCCUACAAACUACGUAAGCGCAGUUGGCCACAGACCCAGCAGCAAUAUGAAGCUUCGCACCCACCUGGAGGAAGAAAGCUUGUGUGAGGCCUACCUGGCUUAAUAGGCCAGUUCUGAGAGCAUGCCUCAUCCCGAUGAUGCAUCCCGGAGACUAUCAAAGACUGGAACAAGCCUCUACACAGUGCUAAAACUAAAGAAAGGGGCCCCACCUGAAGAGAUCAAAAAAGCCUACAGGAAACUGGCCUUGCAGUAUCAUCCAGACAAGAAUCCAGGGGACACUCAAGCAGCAGAGAUCUUCAAAGAGAUCAACACAGCCCAUGCUGUGCUCAGUGACCCUACAAAGAAGAGAAUCUACGACGAGCAUGGCUCAUUAGGAAUAUACCUACUUGAUCAUUUUGGUGAAGAUGGUGUCAAAUACUAUUUUAUAUCACACAGCUGUUGGUUCAAGACACUCGUCAUCCUUUGCUGCCUUUUAACUUGUUGCUGCUGCUGCUGCUGCUGCUGUUUUUGCUGUGGAAAUCUUAGUCCACCACCUGAGGAAGUUAACAUCAAACAACAACAGAAGCAGCAAAAGAAUGUCCAUUGUCAGCCUACCAGGAUAGGUGGGGAGCAGGGCCAGAGGUUGGGGUGCUGGCCCAGUGAGAGUUCCCUGUCAUCCAGCCCUCUGGACACAUUGAAGAAAGAAGUAACCCUGUCCUGA